UUAUAAGAUUCGAUCAUUGUAACAAACCUUGUUUUUUCAAAUUUAUGUGAAUGUCUCAUUGUUUUGUGAUGGAAAAUGCGAAUACGGAAUUAGUACACCCUAUAUACAGUAAUAUGUAGACACCACUAGUUUCUUUAGCUUUCCGAUCCUGAUAUUUGAAACUUGAAAUGGCAGUUCGUCCGCGAUCCGAAAGCUCGUCCAAGCCGCGCAGCGGUGUUCUAAUGGACAUCAAAUGCGGACGCGAAAGUACAUUAGCCAUACUGGCUCCGUUUUAUUCCUGUGUGCGUGACCGACCACUAGAAAUCCUACGGCACGAAUCCAUGAAGCAUGUCACCAAAUCCCGAAAGGAUUUCAACGAUGUCAUGGUGGUGAGCCGGCGUUUAUUCCAGACCGAACCGACACCUCAGCAGCUGUGUAUCCGUUUAGGUCGACGCAAUGCUAAGGGCAUCAUCGUUCUUAUCCGACAUAGUAACUGGUUUGUUAUGUGCGACCAAGUGGACAUGAGCGUUAAGCGCUUGUGGAACGGGAGUAAUAAAGCGCCCAACAUUCCUCUGUGCUUGUUAAUUCACGGUGAUCACAAAAAUAAAGUUUUUCACCAAGGAAAGUCCAUGGAAUGCGAAAAGAAAUUAAGACUACAGUGGGCACUUGGCAGGUACCUAAUAGAACACACAGGAGUUCCGGCGAUCAUGUACGCCGCUCAGAUGGUUCAGAUUCGGCAAUGCUAUACUGAUUUUCUGCUGAAAGAUAAGAUUCGCAGCAUUCUCCGGUGGAUGCACGAAGAGAUGCCGGCAAGCGCCCUAAACCAAGAACGGCAUCGCUGGGGUUACUUUCGGAUGCCCCACACGGACCGACAUCUUAGCAAUCCCACAAGUUUACCUUAUCCCAACCCGGAUGAGGAACUGGACCCACCGGAACCCCGAAAGUUCACUCAUCGACGCUCUUUAUCAGAGCCCAGGUUGAUUCCCCCGGCACCCAAUCGCGGAUAUGAUACUAAAGCGCUAAUCACAGCAGCACGACGAACUGUCAAUUCCUCAUUUUACAACACCGGAACCGAUACUUUGUUACGCAAUAUGGCCAGAACAAGAACUAUGUCAGUAAACCGUAAAGAAAUUCCAAAGGUGACCGUCGAUGGAUCGCAGUUAGGUUGUGGAGACUUUGCAAAAGAGGCGGGCGGAAUCAGUCACUUGUCCGUCAUGCAAAAACGCGGCCAAGAUCCCACAGCAGCUGCUCAUUUGCACAAAAUCUUUCGCGCACUAAAGCGGUACCAGGAAGCAGCGUACGUCGAACUCCGAACCAGACUGUACAACCUCCUCGAUGACGAGGAUGCCGAAGAUACCGAAAGGCGGCGCAAAUUUACGUCCCAGAUUACCUGGGCAUGCCAUCCUUGGGCGCGUAAGGUCACCCAUCUGGUGCUGCAUUUCCAAGUGGGAGAAAUUUCGCGUGAACAAAUUUUUAAAUUGGCUACUCCGCUAAGCUACGAACAUUUAAGAAUACUGCGUGCCUUCUAUCUGAAUUUUUAUGCUGCCUUCUGCAAUGAUCCGAUGGAGUGCAAUGAGCGAGUACUGCCCAAUCGGCACCGAGCGUACAGUGUGCACGAUGUCGCUAAAGAAACGACCAUUGUGAAAAAGAACGACCAAUUGGACGCUUUGAGAAAGUAUCGUCCAUUGCAAAUGGUGAAUCUCCCAUUCGGGGACACAGUACAAGUAGCUUCAAUAAUCGUGAAAAAACACUAUGUGCCUUGGCGGUUAGGAGACGGGAGAAUGAUCGCUAUGCCGAAAGCAUGUUUACACCACCGGAAGCACUGAUUGCUGGAUUUUUGAACUGCAAGUUUUUGGACCUUCAUGAAGCUCUACGCUGCUAUGACACAUAAUCAAAGGGAACGUUCAACUGGCAGUAACAUUUGUCGCAUUGGAGAACGCUGUUACAGCGCCUUGCAAUGUUCUGGCGUCAAAUCUGUCCUUGGCCCAUAUGGGAAAGUUUUUGAUGUCAAACACUUGUCCUCCCGUCACUUCCAGGCUAAAGAUAAGGAAGACCAGACAUGCUAUCUUUGGACCGAUCCCUGAUUUGGCCAUUUCUCCCACUGUCACGUUGCCGUAAUUGUAAACGAUCAGUGUGGGAAACGCUGAGAUCGGUAGCAUGAAAGCGAACUGGCUGGCCAUGGCCACCGCUAGCAUAAAGUAGAUCGGAUUGAUUUUCAUGUCUUCCGACUGUAAAUAUUAACGGGAAAUGAGAUCGAUGCCGUUGUUGAGAUUAUUUAAUGUCAUUGAAUGAAUGAACUGUUCCACGUACCACAUUGGCUAACACUGGUAGCAGUAUCGAUGUGAUCACCGAGUUACUCAUGCAUUCAGUC